AUGACUUCAAACAAUAGCAACAAACACGUGGUGGUGGGAAUGUCUGGUGGUGUGGACUCGUCUGUGGCUGCACUCCUGCUAAAGCGUCAAGGAUAUCGUGUGACUGGAGUUUACAUGAAAAACUGGGAUCCAAAUGAUGAAGAAGGAGAUUCAGUGUGUCCCGUUGUCUCGGAGUAUUCGGAUGUGCAGAAAGUCUGCAAGCAGCUUGGUAUUGAGGCUCACAUGGUAAACUUGGUGCAGUCGUACUGGAAUCAGGUGUUUUCUCCUUGUCUGGAAAGGUAUGAAGAAGGCUUGACGCCAAACCCGGACAUUUUGUGCAAUCGGGAGAUCAAAUUUAAAGCCUUCACCGAAUAUGCAAAGAAAAUUGGCGCAGAUUAUGUAGCUACUGGUCACUAUGCAGUGUUAAAGUCUACGAACAAGGGUGAACCUCCAAGUCUCUAUGCUGCAGAAGAUGACACAAAAGACCAGAGCUACUUUUUGUCAAGUGUGGAUGGAAAAGCUUUCUUCAAUGUGUUGUUUCCAUUGGGAAGAAUGUGCAAGACAGAAGUAAGACGUCUUGCAGCUGAAGAGGGUCUUUGUACGGCAAAGAAAAAAGACUCGGUGGGCAUUUGCUUCAUUGGCAAGCGUAACUUUGCAGACUUUAUUCAUCAGUAUAUCCAACGUCAAGACGGCUACUUUACUACGGUUGAAGGGAAUAGACUGCACCGACAUCACGGUUUUUCAGCAUAUACUGUCGGUCAAGGAGCACGACUGCAAGGAAUGAAUGAUAAAUGGUUUGUAGUGGGCAAACACAAACCUGAUUAUUCCGUGAUCGUUGCAGAGGGUACACGACAUCCAGCUCUUUUCUCAAACACUCUCUUUGCCUCUGCCAUGCAAUUUAACUGGAUAGCAGGACAUUUGCCACAGGAGCUUCAUGACACCGGUCGUAUGCGCUGCUAUUAUCGCGUACGUUAUCGCCAAGAUUUGGAUGAAUGUCUGAUCACAGUCGUCUCUAGUCGCAAUGCACGUGAAGAAGCAAGUACAUUCCAUGCUUGGCAAUUGGAUGAGCUUGUAGAGAAUCAUCAAUAUGAUGAACGGAGUUACCUGCGCGUUGAUUUUGAAAAGCCACAGCGUGGGAUCACACCGCAACAGGCUUUAGUAUUAUAUCGUCAUGAUGGACUUUGUUAUGGUGGUGGUCCUAUUGCAGUGGGUGGAAAGACGUAUUACGAACAGCAUAAAUCUCUUGGAGCAAAUGUUUAUGAUUGGCAUCAAUAA